AGUUCACUAUUUUUUUAAAAUAGUUAAGCCAGUUGCCAAAAUGCGAUGUUAUUUCAAAACAAUGUAAACAGUUUGAAUUCUUUAUGGCUUGAAUUCACAAGUCUCUUCCCAAAUACCACUUUUUAAUUGUUUUUAACUGAUUGAAAAUACCACCCAGCCCUAAACCGAGCAAUAUAGAGGUAUUUACUAACUUUAAACUUAGGAGUUGGGGGCUUUUAAAGUCAGAGGGAAGUCUGCAACCCCACAACUGCUUUGUGCAUCUCUUGGACUGUUGAGGAGAUCGAUGAUUGUCAGCCAAAAGAACUUAACUGCUGUGCAGGAGCAGCUGGUCAGGAGGGGUGCUGGGAUGGAGAAUGUACAGUCACAAGGUUUGUACCACCAGGUAGAGCCUGCUAAAUAGUCAAGACAAAAAGGUUGUCUGGUCCCUGCUGCCCUCGGGAAAGGCAGGAGAUCACCAAGCCAGAGGUUCCUGGUGGUAGUCUUCACUGGGGAGGUUUUUUUGUGUGUGAUCGGUCACCCAGAGGCAGAUCCCACUGGCCUCAGUGGUACCCAAGUGCCUGUGGGUAUCAGAGGACUUUGUAUUGCUGCACCUUCACCUGCGUGUCUGCAGAGCUCCAAGCUGGUGUGAGUUCUGCAUUUGAAAUAUUCUAACACCAAGGCUUUUCUAUCUAAGGGGGAUUUCAUCUCUAAACCCUUUUGGUGUCUUCCCCAGGGUGCUUGUCUUGUGAGAGUAGCUCACCCACAGGAUGGGGUUUGAGGGAAGAGAGAGAGGCCAGGGUCAGGCUGAGAAGAGGAUGUUGGCACGUUCACGAGAAGCAGGGAGGAAGAUUUGGGCUUCCUGGGGUUCCAGGCAGCUCCCUCAGGCCCUGCCUUCAGAAGCAGCCGCUAUAUCUCGCUGCCCUUCAUGCUGCCCUUCAGUGGGACAGCUUCCCAAAUAAGGGCUUGCUGACUUUCCGACCAAAAUAGCGGCUGCGUGACAAAAUGCAGCGCGGUGGAACGUAACCUUAAUCCAGGCGUCAUUGUGUAGCAAGAGUCAGGAAUUUUGUGAGCUUCCACAGCAGCUCGGUGUCAGGUUUGUUGCUGUCUGCUCCCUGCACACACGGUGGACCUGCAGGACGCUGCCUGGACAGCGGUUGAUCACCUUUUUGAGUUUUCUAACCCCGUGAGAGCUCUGUUCACAACUUCCCUCCUUGUGGUAGAGGUUGCCCCAGCCCCAAAGGAGAAGCUGUGGAGGGGAAUCUGUGCUGACGUGGCCUCCUGAUAUAUUUCAAGUAGUGCUCGCGGACCUCUGUCACAUUUCUUAAGGGCUUCUGGCACCAAAGCUUCACUCGACAUGCAGGGAAAACUGAAUUUGUUUGGAGUUCCAUCGAUAUGUGGAGUCCUCAGGUGGUUUUCAUUCAUCAUGAGCACAUCUCCAGGUGCUGGCAGCUGAUGCCUGGGACUCGAGCCCCACAUUUACCAGCGUGACCCCACCUUCAAACCAGCAGCAAAAUCCAUAUGGGAGUCCAUCAGGUCUUCUGCGUGGCCCAUUUCCCUGGUCAAGGGCUCCAUGUUUGAGGUAUACAUUAUUCAAGUCAGUGUUGGCAAUCAUCAGUGGACCGUCAAGCAUCGUUACAGUGAUUUCCAUGACCUGCAUGAAAAGCUUGUUUCGGAAAAGAAAAUAGAUAAAAAUCUGUUACCUCCCAAGAAGAUUAUUGGAAAAAAUUCCAAAAGCCUGGUGGAGAAAAGACAGAAGGAAUUAGAGGUCUACCUGCAAACACUGCUCGCCAAGUUCCCUGUUACUGCUCCAAAAGUUUUGUCACACUUCCUACACUUUCAUUUAUAUGAGAUCAAUGGGAUUACUGCUGCAUUGGCUGAAGAGCUCUUCCACAAAGGAGAGCAGCUAUUAAUGGCUGGAGAAGUCUUCACCAUCAGACCCUUGCAGUUAUAUGCUGUCACUCAACAGUUGCUACAGGGGAAGCCUACAUGUGCUAAUGGAGAUGCCAAAACAGAUCUAGGUCAUAUUCUAGACUUCACUUGCAGGCUUAAGUAUUUAAAGGUCACUGGAACAGGCGGACCUUUUGGAACCAGUAACAUUCAGGAGCAUCUCUUGCCUUUUGAUCUGUCAAUUUUCAAAUCGCUUCAUCAAAUAGAGAUCAGCCAUUGUGGAGGAAAGCUUAUCAAAGGGCUGACUUCAUCAAAACAUGCUCUGGCCACAAUGAGCAUUCGAUUUUCGGCAACAUCAAUGAAGGAAAUCCUAGUGCCUGAGGCCUCCGAGUUUGAUCAGUGGGAGCCAGAGGGUGCAACUUCAAGUUGUCCGGUGACAGCAGUUAUCCCAACUUGGAGAACUUUAACAACUUUGGAUAUGAGUCACAAUAGCAUCUCUCAAAUUGAUGAUUCAGUGAAAUUAAUUCCGAAGAUUGAAUUCCUGGAUUUGAGUCACAAUGGAGUGUCUCUGGUAGAAAAUUUACAGCAUCUCUACAACCUUGUUCACUUGGACUUAUCCUACAACAAACUUACAUCACUAGAAGGUGUUCACACAAAACUGGGAAACAUCAAAACUCUGAAUUUAGCAGGAAAUCAGCUGGAAAGGCUGUGUGGUCUUAACAAACUGUACUCAUUAGUCAACUUGGAUCUGAGCAACAACAAAAUAGAGCAGAUUGAUGAAGUAAAAAAUAUAGGAAACCUCCCAUGCUUAGAAAAGGUGAUCUUAUCCAGCAAUCCGUUGAGCAUCAUCCCUGAUUAUCGGACCAAAGUACUUGCUCAGUUUGGGGACAGGGCCUCCGAGGUCUGUUUGGAUAACACUGUUACCACAGAAAAGGAACUAGACACUGUGGAAGUGCUAAAAGCUAUUCAAAAAGCAAAGGAGGUGAAAUACAAGCUGAGCAACUCUGAGAAAAAGAUCAGUGAGGACUCCAGGCUCACUGCUGCCAGCUCCAAAUCAAACUGUUCUUCUCUUACUGUUCGUCCUUCCUCUCCCUCUCUGCCUCGUCCUGUCAGCUCCAGCCAAGAAAUAAUUUGUGAAGAAACAGUCCUAGCCAGCACUUUUUUGCAAUCCAGUGAUUCGACUCCUACAGACCAUACAGUUCCCCAGAGAUGCUUUGAAAUACCGGACUCCAGAUGUAAAAAUCAGGCACCUGCCUCUCUAUUGGAUUCAUGCAAAAAGUAUGGAAGUGGUCAUCAAAUGUGUUUGAAUCAUUCAGAGGAAGAACACUGUGCGGUGCCUGACCCCUGUAACACCAUCAUCUUGCCUUUUAAUUGUAUGUCAUACACUGCCACAAACCAAGAUUUUAUCCAGCACCUUUCUGCCUUGAUAAUGCAGAGUGUUCAGAGACAUCCCCCCUCCUUUACAGAGAAUAAAGGAAGCCCUCUGGGUGAUUCUGGAACCGCAGACAAAGAAGAUGGAUAUUUUGAAAUGGGACUUCAUGAAGGAGAUCAGACUUUUGAGUUCAGCACUACUUCAGAUACUCGGUCAUCUGACAGCAUAGCAGUCAAGAGUGUUGACAUAGUCAAAAUUCUCUGGAGUUUUUCUAUUCACAUUCAUAAUGGACUCAGGCAGUUUGCUUCCUGUUUGGUUUUGACUGAUGAUAUGCUAGCUGUGUUUGAGAUUCCUCAUCAGGAAUUAGGAGGAAAUUGCCAGCACAUCUCUUCUGCCUUGAAAUUAACACUAUGUUGUCCGUAUACUGAUCUAACAGAAUUUGGCUUUCUCCUGCCAGAAAUCUGUUUAACACUGAAGCUGAAAAACAGUGACAGCUGCUUGUUUAUUGUUUCAGACUCCCAGAAUCUUCAAGACUUUUAUUCCUGUUUGCACGCGUGUUGCUCACAACACUACGCAUCAGUGUUACCAAGCUCCACAUUGCACGGUGGAAAAGCAAACCUCCAAGAGUUUCUCUGUCAGCUUAUGGAAGUGAAUUGCAUUUCAGCAGAAGAUGUUGAAAUAAAAGGCUGUUUCCCAACUUACCUUGUUUGUGGGAAUAAAACCAAUGUUCAGAAAAUCUUGCAUCCACCAGAGUCAGCUGGCAAUAACAAAGAAUGGUCUAAAAAUGUUUUAUGUUCUGCACUUUAUUCUUCAGUGUAUAAACCUUCUGACCAGGGUCCCUGUGUCGUCCAUCCAUGUUGGAUAUUUCUGACACCCCAGCAUUUGUACAUAGUAAAGGUGGAUUUCAGUUUACUGCCAGGCAAAUGGGUAGGCUCAGAAGACUUGGAAAGUGUAUUUAAGCUGACUAGGAUUCCAUUAGCAUCACUUGUGUUGCAUCCAACUCAUGGUUCCAUCCAGCAGAAGGGUUCAUUUUUGGAUGGGCACGUGCUGGAGUUGCUCGUUGGAUACAGAAUUGUUACAGCAGUGUUUGUUCUACCUCAUGAGAAAUUCCACUUCCUGAGAAUCUACAGUCUUUUAAGGACACUCCUGCAGGACGUUAAGACUAUUAUUAUUUUCAAAGCUUCAAACAAAUCAGAUGCUGUAAGAAAUCACGUUGUGGAGGCAAACAGACAUGGUCAGUCAGCAAGCUUUUGCAAGCCUCAUCUGACGCUGUCAUCUUUAUAUCCAUCUGAAUUUCUUAUGCAGAAGAUAACAGAAGAUAACCAGAUUCCGGUUCACCUUCAUGUUUCUGUGUCUCUGCAGUAUGUGGCUGAGCUGAAAGGAAAUGCCCUAGUUGAGUUUUUCCAUGGCAACAUUGCAGAGGUGGAAAAUGAAGAGUUGAGACAUCUCAUGUGGUCUUCAGUUCUGUUUUACAAGACUCCUAAUGUGGAAGUGAUGGCUUGUGUGCUUCUCUCAACAAAAGCUAUUUACUUUCUGUUGGAUGAUUCUUUCAUUCAUGCUGAUGAGCACCAGUCAGAUUUUUGGAACAAAGAAAACUCAGAUUGUGAAAAUAGUUCUUUCCACCUCUCUUGCUGCUUUGUGCUAAAACUUAACGACUUGCAGUCAGUAAAUGUUGGCCUGUUUGACCAAUACUUCCGAAUUACUGGACACUCUGCAGAUCAUAUAGUCACCUGCCUGACAAGAGACAGUUACAACACUCACACCUUCAUACAGCAGCUUAUGGCAGUUUUGUCACUGCUUGCACGCACACCUUCACCUGAACCAGUAGAUAAAGACUUCUACUCUGAAUUUGGGAGUAAAAACACAGGAAAAAUGGAAAAUUAUGAACUGAUUCACUCCAGCAGAGUAAAAUUUAUUUAUCCAAAUGAAGAAGAAAUUGGGGACCUUGCUUUUCUAGUGGCAGAGAAGAUGGAUGGUUUGACUAAUCUUCAGUCCCUCAACAUCCUUCUGUAUGUGUUGGCAUUUCAAGUAAAUCAUGUUGAAGGAUCUGCCCAAGACACUAGUUCGCUUCAACCUAAAACACUUAUAUUAACGAGCUCUGAUUUGUUUCUCUUUGAUGAGGAUUAUAUCAGUUACCCACUACCUGAAUUUGCGAAGGAACCACCAAAGAGAGAUAAGUAUCAGCUUGUAGAUGGAAGACGAAUUCGGGAUUUAGAUAGAGUACUGAUGGGUUAUCAGACAUAUCCACAGGCCCUUACAUUUGUGUUUGAUGACGUUCAGAAUCAGGAUCUGAUGCAGAAUUUAACACUGGAUCACUUUGGAGAAACUGAUAGUGCUCCAAAGGGAAGUGCUAAACAAGAAGGCAGCAGGAACAGAGAGAUCCAGUGGUACAUCUAUCCCAAGUGCAGAAAGCAGGGAGAAAUUAAUUUCAUUGCUUGCGAGACAGUGGGAGAUCUUGUGUGGUAGGGAGCUGCCUUUGGAACUCACUGGGUAAUUAUUGCACAGCUAAGUGAUUUCAGUGUCUCUUAUAAGGUAAAGCACAGUGUUUAAAUAAAUUGCACCUGUCAAGUUCUGUUUUUUUAAUAAGGAGCUGGCCUGGACUUCCUUGUUUCCCUAGCGCACUGAACAUUUAAUAGUACAUAGAAAUACUCUGAAGUGUUAACUGGGGACUGAACUUCUUGUAAAGUCUAUUUUUUAUGCAAUAGUAUAUAGUGAAAAAAGUCAUGAGACAUCCUGGGAAACUGUAUGGAAAAAUUAAGGAGUCAACACUAGAUAUGCUGUCGUCUAGGGCUGUUAAGGUUUCUGCUAUUUUUCUGUAUAUAUCAGUCUUGCUGUUCUAUAUAAAUUCUAAUGUGUAAAUAAGGGUAAAUGCUUGUGUAUGUUCAAGUGCAAUGUUCUUUGUAUGAGAAGUAUUUUGGGUAUGCUGCUAAUGCUUAUUAUUUAAUGAUCUUACAGUUUUACAUAUGUUUUCCUUUGAAGCCAAAUGUAAUUAUUUGCUGCCAAUCAUGAAUUUACCAGUAAAAUUUGAGCCACAAGCAGGUGACAUUUUCAUAUUAAAUUAGUUUCAAAGGCAUUCUUUCUCCUUGUCCUAGGAUAAAGAAGAAUUGCCUGUUAAAGGUUCACUCAGUAUCAUCUUGAAAGUGGAAAUACCUGACGUGGUAUAUGAGCAUUUUGCCAGCAAAUAAUGAGUUUGUAUCUCUGAACACAAAGUCUUUCUUUUGCCUAUUUUGUCAAUACAAAUAAAGUGUAAUUUGACAGUUU